AUGGCGACCGAGACCUUCCUCGCCCGCCUCUGCGAGCAGGCCGAGCGUUACGAUGAAAUGGUUACCUACAUGAAGGAGGUUGCCAAGCUCGGCGGUGAGCUCACCGUUGACGAGCGCAACCUUCUCAGCGUCGCCUACAAGAACGUCGUCGGUACCCGCCGUGCUUCAUGGCGUAUCAUCUCCUCCAUCGAGCAGAAGGAGGAGACUAAGGGAUCCGACAAGCAUGUUUCCACCAUCAAGGAGUACCGCAUCAAGAUCGAGGAGGAGCUCGAGAAGGUUUGCCAGGAUGUUCUCGACGUCCUCGACGACAGCCUUAUCCCCAACGCCGCCACCGGCGAGUCUAAGGUCUUCUACCACAAGAUGAAGGGUGACUACCACCGUUACCUUGCCGAGUUUGCCUCCGGUGAGAAGCGCAAGGUCGCUGCCACUGCGGCCCACGAGGCCUACAAGAGUGCCACCGACGUUGCCCAGACUGAGCUUACCCCCACCCACCCCAUCCGUCUCGGUCUUGCCCUGAACUUCUCUGUGUUCUACUACGAGAUCCUGAACUCCCCCGACCGUGCUUGCCACCUGGCCAAGCAGGCAUUUGAUGAUGCUAUUGCCGAGCUCGACUCGCUCUCUGAGGAAUCCUACCGCGACAGCACCCUUAUCAUGCAACUGUUGCGCGACAACCUCACCCUCUGGACCUCGUCCGAUAGCGGCGAUGCUGAGGCCCAGGCUGCUGACGGCGCCAAGAAGGAGGAGGCUGAGGCACCCAAGCCUGCUGAGGAGGAGACCAAGCCGGCCGAGGAGCAGCCCGCUCCCGCCGCUGCCUCCUAA